UUCAUGAUGGGAGGUCCUUGCUUGCCCUUAAUAAACAGGUGCUACUCUCAGUUCCUCUGCACAUCCACUCUUCUCUUCUUGAAGCACUUCUCCUCCCAGCAGUUACCUCCAGCACAAUGGCUACGAGAAGCAGACCUGGUUUCAGCAGCCAGUCAUACUCACCCUCUCCAUCCAGGGGCUACCCGAGUAUUCCUUCCACCAACCUGGACCCGCUGCUUAACUCACCUCCAGUCUCCAAAGUGGACCCUCUGGACCAGCAAGCCAAGACUAAGGAGAAAGAUCAGAUGGUUGGACUCAAUGACAAGUUUGUCGCAUUCAUUGACAAGGUUCGUCAUCUAGAGGAAGAGAACAAAAUCUUAGAAACCCGGCUGAAAAUUCUGCUGGAGCAGGAUAGCUACAAGGGGAACAUAGACGACAUUGUGAAAGAAGUAGGAGCAGAUCUAAGGCGACAGAUUGAGGGGCUUGACCGAGACCGGCAGAAAUUAGAGUCCGAGCUGGUGAAGUCAGACGAGGAGGUGAACAACACCCGAGUCAGUUAUGAGGAUGAGAUCCAGAAGAAGACUGACCUGGAAAAUGAUUUUAUUCUCACUAAGAAGGAUGUAGAUGACGGCUAUCUGCAGAGGGUGCACCUGGAGUUGCAACUGGAGGACAUCAUGAGAGAGCUGGAUUUCUUAAGGCGCGGAUUUGAGGAAGAGAUAAAGGAACUGCAGUCUCUGAUCCGCAAUGAGACGGUGGUGAUUAAGACCGGCAACUCUCGAAACCUGGACAUGGAUGAAAUCCUGAAUUCAGUCAAGGCCCAGUAUGAGGACAUGGCUGCUCGCAGCCGGGAAGAGGCUGAGCAGUGGAACAGGAGGAAGAUGGAUGACAUGGUGCUAAAAGCAGGGAAGCACGAACAAGAUGUGAAAGAAAUCAGAAAAGAGAUCUCCGAAAUCCAGAGAAGCAUUCAGAGGCUCAUCGCAGAGAUUGAAGCCCUCAAGAAGAAGAAAAUCAGUCUGGAGGAUGAAAUAAGGAACUCAGAAGUGGGCGGGCAGCAGGCUCUGGACGAUGCUCGGGAGCAGAUUGCUCAGCUUGAGGAUGCGCUCCGCAGGGACAAACAACUGAUGGCACGGCAGGUGCGCGAGUAUCAGGAGCUCAUGAACCUCAAGCUGGCCCUGGAUAUUGAGAUCGCCACCUACAGGAAACUUCUGGAAGGAGAGGAGAUGAGAUUGGCUGAGCAUCGGCGUGAUCAGCUUGAUUUCUAAAAUCAAAC